AUGAGUUCUGACGAAGAAUAGGAUAAUUCAAAUGAAGAUUAGAUCAUCAAUUUAAUUUCUGUCUUGCAACAGAAAAGUAAUUGGUAAUGAAUAUAAGGUUAGUAAAAACAAAACGAACAAAUAAUGGUUUGAUGAAAACCAAUAGAAUAAGUGAAUCAGAGAACUGGAAUGAGAUAAGAGAAACUUAAAAGGAAAAACAGUAGAUAAAAAAUUUUGGUAAUUCCAAUGAAUUUAGUUUGCAAAGAGAAUAAUCAAAGCACUCUAGUUUAUCAGAGAAUUUGAGUGAUUUCACAGUGAGAACUGAUAAACCUGUAAAAGAAUCUUAAUAGAAAACUUAAGAAGCCUAAGUUCCUGAGAAUAAUUAUAAAGUAAAUGAAUUUAUUAAUUUAAGUUGGAAUUGAAAUAGAAGAUGGACUAUUUACUAAAUCAAAGGGAGAAGGAUUAGGAGAUGUUGGAGUAGAUUAAUGCAGGGUUAAUGUUUCUGAUUAGUCAGAUUCCAAAGCAAAAACAGACAAAUUCAAUUGGAGUUUAGACUGUUAGUUAAAGAGAGAAUUCUUAAAAUUAAUCUACAACGAAGGUAAAGAAAACAGCUCAAUAAGCAGUUUAACAAAUGUUCUCAGAGCCAGACAGAUAUGCAUUUCAGGAGAUUAGAAACUUUUGCUUCAAGCGUUGA